GGGGAGACCGAGGGCAGUGGCAGGGGACUGGGGAACAAUCCGUGGGCUUUAAGCGCCCUCCAGUGGUGCCUCCCGAGGGAGAGGGAGAGACACAGACAGCGAGGCAGAAAGACAGAACCAGGGAGACAGGAACCGCGCAGGGAGAGAACAGGGUGCGAGCGAGGGAAGACCGAAGGCGCCGGCGGAGGGACGCGGUCUGAGAGCGAGGGGAGAGCGAGGCGGGGCCGCGCGGGCGACCUGACAGCGCGUCCCCGACCCGGGACGGGGCUCGCCCGGAGCCCGCGGGAUCAGCCGCCACUAGAGGGCACCUGGCGGGAGCGGCGGCCCACCCGGCGCCCCGGGGCCCCGCGCCCCUCCCGGCCGCGGGUCCGACCCAGGGCGCAGAGCCCCCUCCCGGGCGGGCCCGCUCGCCGCGCUCCCCGCCUCCGGCUGGCGCGGGGCCCGGCCCCGAGGGGGCCGAGCUCCCGGCGAAAACCCGCCCUCCAGCGAGCUCAUUUCCCUAAAAAGGGGGGAGGAGGGAGCAGCGAGCAGCGAGCGAGCGAGCGAAGGAAAGAGAAAAAGCUGGGAAGGGAGCGGAGCGGGCAGCGGGCGCUGGGCGAGGGCCGGGGAGCCGGCCGGAGAGGGGGCGGGAGACAGGAAGGAGGGAGCUGCGCAGGGAAGGGGAAGAGGUGGGGAGGGCGAGGGGGAGCGCGGGAGGGAGCACGGCCCUCCCCUCGCCGCCAGUCCUCCUUCCCCCGCGCCCGCUCCCGCGUCCGGGCGCGACCCGCCGCCGCCGCCGCGCCCGCCGCCGCCGCGCCCGCCAGCAUGCCCGGCGUGGCCCGCCUGCCGCUGCUGCUCUGGCUGCUGCUGCUCCCGCGCCCGGGCCGGCCACUGGACCUGGCCGACUACACCUAUGACCUGGGGGACGAGGACGACUCGGAGUCCCUCAGCUACAAAGACCCCUGCAAGGCGGCUGCCUUCCUUGGGGACAUUGCUCUGGACGAGGAGGACUUGAGGGCUUUCCACGUGCAGCAGGCUGCGCAUCUCAGACAGCAUGCAAUCCACAGGUCUUCCAUCCAAGCUGCAGGAAACUCCUCUACUGCCAGCGGCCGGAGCACUACUGGGCAGCCUCUGAGGACAAGCCGUGGGAGACGGAGAAGCAGGCCCCGGAGCCGGCGCGCAGCGACAUCCAGACCAGAGCGUGUGUGGCCUGAUGGGGUCAUCCCCUUUGUCAUUGGGGGAAACUUCACUGGCAGCCAGCGGGCAGUCUUCCGGCAGGCCAUGAGGCACUGGGAGAAGCACACCUGUGUCACCUUCCUGGAACGCACUGACGAGGACAGCUAUAUCGUGUUCACCUACCGGCCCUGCGGGUGCUGCUCUUACGUGGGUCGCCGUGGCGGGGGCCCGCAGGCCAUCUCCAUCGGCAAGAAUUGUGACAAGUUUGGCAUCGUGGUCCAUGAACUGGGCCAUGUCAUCGGCUUCUGGCAUGAGCACACGCGGCCUGACCGGGACCGCCAUGUAUCCAUCGUGCGUGAGAACAUACAGCCAGGGCAGGAGUAUAACUUCCUGAAGAUGGAGCUCCAGGAGGUGGAGUCCCUGGGGGAGACCUAUGAUUUUGACAGUAUCAUGCACUAUGCCCGGAACACCUUCUCCAGGGGCAUCUUCCUGGACACCAUUGUUCCUAAGUACGAGGUCAAUGGGGUGAAACCUCCCAUUGGCCAAAGAACCCGGCUCAGCAAGGGAGACAUCGCCCAGGCCCGCAAGCUCUACAAGUGCCCAGCCUGUGGAGAGACCCUGCAGGACAGCACUGGCAACUUCUCCUCCCCGGAGUACCCCAACGGCUACUCUGCGCACAUGCACUGCGUCUGGCGGAUCUCAGUCACCCCUGGGGAGAAGAUCAUUCUGAACUUCACAUCCAUGGACCUGUACCGCAGCCGCCUGUGCUGGUACGACUACGUGGAGGUUCGAGAUGGCUUCUGGAGGAAGGCACCCCUCCGAGGCCGCUUCUGUGGGGCCAAACUCCCCGAGCCAAUCGUCUCCACUGACAGCCGCCUCUGGGUUGAAUUCCGCAGCAGCAGCAACUGGGUUGGGAAGGGCUUCUUUGCGGUCUAUGAAGCCAUCUGUGGGGGAGACGUCAAAAAAGAUAACGGGCACAUCCAGUCACCCAAUUACCCAGAUGACUACCGGCCCAGCAAAGUCUGCAUCUGGCGGAUCCAGGUGUCUGAGGGCUUCCACGUGGGCCUCACCUUCCAGUCCUUCGAGAUUGAGAGGCAUGACAGCUGUGCCUAUGACUACCUGGAGGUGCGUGACGGGCACAGUGAGACUAGCACCCUCAUCGGGCGCUACUGUGGCUACGAGAAGCCGGAUGACAUCAAGAGCACGUCCAGCCGCCUCUGGCUCAAGUUCGUCUCUGACGGGUCCAUUAACAAAGCCGGCUUUGCUGUCAACUUUUUCAAAGAGGUGGACGAGUGCUCGCGGCCCAACCGCGGCGGCUGUGAGCAGCGGUGCCUCAAUACCCUGGGCAGCUACAAGUGCAGCUGUGACCCUGGGUACGAGCUGGCCCCCGACAAGCGCCGCUGCGAGGCUGCCUGUGGCGGAUUCCUCACCAAGCUCAAUGGCUCCAUCACCAGCCCGGGCUGGCCCAAGGAGUACCCUCCCAACAAAAACUGCAUCUGGCAGUUGGUGGCCCCCACCCAGUACCGCAUCUCCCUGCAGUUCGACUUCUUUGAGACCGAGGGCAAUGACGUGUGCAAGUAUGACUUCGUGGAGGUGCGCAGUGGACUCACAGCCGACUCCAAGCUGCAUGGCAAGUUCUGUGGCUCUGAGAAGCCCGAGGUCAUCACCUCCCAGUACAACAACAUGCGUGUAGAGUUCAAGUCUGACAACACAGUGUCUAAAAAGGGCUUCAAGGCCCACUUCUUCUCAGACAAGGACGAAUGCUCCAAGGACAACGGUGGCUGCCAGCAAGACUGUAUCAACACCUUCGGCAGCUAUGAGUGCCAGUGUCGCAGCGGCUUUGUCCUCCAUGACAACAAGCAUGACUGCAAGGAAGCCGGCUGUGACCACAAAGUGACAUCCACCAGUGGCACCAUCACCAGCCCCAACUGGCCUGACAAAUACCCCAGCAAGAAGGAGUGCACCUGGGCUGUCUCCAGCACCCCGGGGCACCGGGUCAAGCUGACCUUCGUGGAGAUGGACAUCGAGUCCCAGCCUGAAUGUGCCUAUGACCACCUGGAAGUAUAUGAUGGGCGUGACACCAAGGCCCCCGUCCUGGGCCGCUUCUGUGGGAGCAAGAAGCCCGAGCCCGUCCUGGCCACAGGCAGCCGCAUGUUCCUGCGCUUCUACUCCGAUAGCUCGGUCCAGAGGAAGGGCUUCCAGGCAUCCCACUCCACAGAGUGUGGAGGCCAGGUGCGGGCAGAGGUGAAGACCAAGGAUCUUUACUCCCACGCCCAGUUUGGCGAUAACAACUACCCCGGGGGAGCGGACUGUGAGUGGGUCAUCGUGGCGGAGGAAGGCUACGGUGUGGAGCUGGUAUUCCAGACUUUUGAGGUGGAGGAGGAGACAGACUGUGGCUACGACUACAUGGAGCUCUUCGAUGGCUACGACAGCACAGCCCCCAGGCUGGGGCGCUACUGCGGUUCAGGGCCUCCCGAGGAGGUGUACUCAGCCGGAGAUUCCGUCCUGGUGAAAUUCCACUCAGAUGACACCAUCACCAAGAAAGGCUUCCACCUGCGGUACACCAGCACCAAGUUCCAGGACACGCUGCACAGCAGGAAGUGAGCGCUGCCCUCACACUGGGCAGGCGGGAGCUGCUGCCCUUGGCCACCGGAACCUGACAGCGGGGGUGCGGGAGCGGGCAGAAGGUGGGCACCCUGAUCCCUGCCGCCCCCAUCCUCCCCAGUGCCAGCCUGCAGGACCAGUGGUCCAGGUGAGGCUGUCCUCAGGAGGCAGGGGACUGGACUUCCUCCUGAGCCACUUUCCUGGCCUCCCUUGCCCCCACCACAGCGAGGGGCAGAGCUGCAAUGCCAGAGCUUUCACUGAAACACUUGAAGUGGCCAUUCCUCCCUGGGAGCCUGGUCCAGGUGGGUUGGCGGGGAGGGGGUCUGUCAGCAGGACCCGCUCACCUGCCCUGGCCCUUGGUAGGCGCUGCAUUGUGUAUAGCCGGUGGCAUAUCUUCAUUGUAAUGUGCAUUUUCCGCCCCUUCUCCAACCUCAGUUUGGUUUUAAGACCCCACUUCCCCGUUUCCUGGGGUAUGAGUGUCCAUCCAUGUCCCAAAGGAGCCACAGUGGGGAGAUGAAGGGAAGGGGGUGGGGAAACAAGACAGGGCUUCUCGCAGGCCCGGUGGCUGGUCAGCCGCACCAGCGUACCCCAGCCAAUAAACUGAAAGUGUUACAGCCAG